AUGGAUGUGUCGCUGACUGUUACUGGGGUGGUUUUUAAAGAAACAAGUCAUCAUGGCGGAGGACUUUGUGGGAAGGAAGCAGCAGCUUCAAUUUCCACUUCAUCCUCAUCCAAACUGUUCUGGAUGACAUUUUCUACCUUGUUGAAUGUAAUCACUUUUCCUCACACCCAACAUGGUAGCAUGUCCUCUCUCUCAACACUCAGUGACAGAAACACACCAAUACCCCUCCACACUAUUUCUGAAUGUUCUCACAGGUGUAAAUUUGGGGGUAAAGACAUCCUCUCUUUGAACUCCAGCACCUGA